AUGGUACCUCAAAAUUGGGGUGAUCUUACGGUGGAUUCUCAAGUGCAACUGGUCUUUUCCAUGGUUUGUCGUGGGGACACCCCAGCUGGACCUCAUCUAGUUCAAAGUGCUGACAGAAGAGGGGCAAAGAUUUGGGUGCAUGGUAGUCUUCCCUCUGGUCAGCUGUUGGGGGGUCUUGGCCUACAGGUGACUUCUUUGAGUCCGAUUCAUCUCAGCAUUGUGGAUUCCUCCUAUGUGUACGCCAUUCCGCCUUGUGUUCGCUUUGGUCUGUUUCAGGUUGUCGAUCUCUGCUGUGGACUUGGUGGCUUCUCGUGUUUGCUUGGCAGGGUUGGCAUGAGACUGAAGUUUGGAGUAGACCAUAACGCUAAGUGGGAGCCUCUUUUUCGCUUGCUUCAUCAGCCUGAUGCUUGUUUCUUGCAUGGUGAUAUCAAUGAUCCGGCCAUUGUUCGAACCUUGGUUGAAGGAGGUUGCCUCCAUGGUGUUUUGUGUGCAGGAAUCAGCUGCAAUGCUCAUUCCAUCUUGGGUGAUCAGCUUGGCAUGAGUGACCCACGUUCACUGAGCUUACCAAAGGCUCUUCAGACAGCCUACAUGUUGCAAUCCGCUUGUUUUGUCCUUGAGUGCACCCCUGCCAUCAUGAGAGAUCAAGAAGCACAGACCAUCAUCAUGAAGUUUGCUGAAGCAACAGGGUACAAAGUUUCCCAAACAUUGGUCCAGCUUUCUAACUCUUGGUGCAGUCGGCGUGAGCGUUGGUUUGGCUUGUUUUGUGCUCCGCUGUUGGGUGCCUGCAAUCUUGUGGAUUUGCCUGCCUUGAAUGUCUGUCCAGUGGUCCGAGAUCUGAUGCCUGUCAUGCACACUUGGCCUGAACACGAACAAGCGCAGAUCAGUUUGAAUCUGUAUGAGUUGGCAAAGUACUAUAGCUAUGCCUCAGGUGGGAUUGCAAAUGCCUUUUCGCAGCCGGACGGCAAACUGCCUACUCUGUCGCACAGCACUGGCAAUGCUCUCUAUGAUUGCAGUUGUGGUUGUAGACCUGCUUUGAGUGAGGCUAGGCUGCAGAAUCGGGGAUUGAUUGGUAUCCUUGUGCCUACAGGAGGUUCACAGGUCCACAUGAAUCAGGUGAUGGAACACUGUAGGUAUUUGCACCCUGAAGAAAUGUGGUGUCUGAUGGGUGGAAUGCCAGGGCUUGAUUUUGGACCUCACUUGCGCUUGGCCAUGGGUGGAAUUGGACAAGCUGUUUCUCCAAUUGCCGGGCUUUGGAUUUUCGCCCAAAUCCGUCGCCAUUUGGAUUCCUUUUUGGAUUGCACUGACCGUUUGUGCCCUCACCAGGUCUUGUCUGCGUAUGUCCAUGAAGUGAAGCAGCGGUGUCUUGCAAAGUGGCCUCCCCCGAUCCCCCUACUGUGCCUGACCCCAUUGUUGAGGUUGACGCUGAAAUGCUUGAGCUUGACUUGGUUUGUCCUGCUGAUGGUGACGUCAUCCAAACCGAUCCAAACCAUCAGAUGUCCGACUGGCACCACUUGUGCUCAGCUUGUUGCUGCUGAAGCCAAGCUUGGAACGUUGGACUUUGACUUUGAGGUCACCGUGAAUGGUGAUCCCAUUGACUUGAACAAAUCGUUGGAUGAAAAGGUGCUUGUGACGUUGGUGCCUUCUGGAUGGGAUGUGCGGUCGCAGUAUGUAGAAGCUGUUGCGUGCUGUUUGGAUGAAGAUUGCACUGCUGAAGGGGACAGGCUUGGAGCGGUAGUGGCUCCUGGCGCUGAAGUGACCAGCAUUGGCCAGCUCUUGGACUUGCGUCGCAUUGUCAUGCCCCAGGCGCAGCGCCUGGAGAUCCUUUCGCGUCAGGGACCUACAUGGGGUGAUGAUGAGUUGCUCUAUUGGCUUGAGCACUGUGCAACUUCGGCUGAUGAGCUGCAGAAUGUGGUUGUUUGGGAUCCUUUGUUGAUUUCUGGACUUGUGCUUGUUGACAACCCUGGCACAUGGGCGCAGCUCACUGCAGUGUUGGCAAAGGUUGUGACGGUGAUUUCUGCAGUUGUCAUUGAUCAGCAUUGGGUCCCUUUGGUGUGGAGACUUGAUGAGGUUGGUUGCAAGCUCUUCACUGGCUCCAUCAAGGAGUCUCAUGGUUCAGUGAUGCAGACCUUGGCACAGAUUCCUGGACUUGGUAGGAAUGGACAGCUUGGUGUAUGGACUUCUUUGGAUUUUGGAUUUCAGGUCACUUCCCACUGUGGUGCGGCUGUCAUUGCGUUUGUGCGUCAUUUACUGUUGGAAACCCCAAUGCCUCGAUCACAGGAUGCUGUGAACUCUCUGGCUAGUGCCUUGCGUUUGGACUUUGCCUCUGGGUUGCUUCAGCAGUGCAUGGUGCCCCGUCUUGCUGGUCUUGGUCAGGUUGACUUGGAAGCGUUGUGUGCUUUGUUGGUUCAACAAGGGGUUGCUGGUGAUGAAGUGAAACUGCGUGCUCAGACCCUUCUUUGUGCCUUGGGGGAUGGACCUGUUGCCAAAGCGCUUACUGCAGUCAAUCCUUGGCGGGAGCUCAAGUGGCUAGCAAACCAGCAGAGGCCACCGUUCCUGAUUGUCAAGCCCUCAGAAUUGAAUGAAAAGGUGAAACAGCGACAGGGCAAGGGAUCAGUUGGUCAGAAAUCACAUAAACAUGCCAAAGGCAAAGGAAAAGGCUCAAAGCCAGGGGUUGUGUCGUCCUUGGAUCCUACUCGACUUCGCUUGGAACUUGGUUUGCUUCAGAGCACUGAUGGGACCCCGCUUGCUCAGGUGUCUUUGCCCCAAGUUGCAUCGCAUGUCUCUGGAGUUGUGUUGACCACUUUGGCUUUGGCUGGACCGUACCUUCGGGCAGCCAGCAUCGUGUCCACUGGUGCACUUGCGUUCUUUUUGGUUGACACUGUCCUUCCGCUGACUUCGGGGUUGCGUUCCACGGUUGUGACUUUGCCUUUGAUCUGUGCUGAGAAUUCCGAACCUUUAUUGGUGGAAGGUUUGUUGGUUCAACUUGGUGCCACCCCGGUUUGUCGUCCGGAUUCCACAGUUGGCUGUCAGGUUCAGUCUAUCCCGACUUGCGUCGUCAAAUUCAUGGUGUUUCGGGACAUGAUUGUCGGUGAUUGGAAUCAGGUUGUGGCUCAUCCGUUGCAGUACAUCAUCCAAAAAGUUUGUCCUUUGCAGGUUUGUUCGGAUGAAGAGUGUCCAGGGUGUGAAGCUUGGCACCGUACGGAUCAGUUUCCAGUUGAUUCUCCUAUCCUUGAAGUUUGGGGUCGGCAGUGGAUGAAACAGACCUUUGCCUUUUGCAGUCCUGAAGAAGCUGAAGUUUAUGCUGUUCACUUGAGGCUUCCAGAAACGCUUCAAAUUUCUGUGCAGGAGUUUAGUGGUACCCAAGGGGUGUUUGCUGAACCCAAAACGGUUUGUGGCCGAAAACCCUCAACGGUUUUUCAGGUCAUUUGGACUCCACGUACUUCCUUGAGUCAGUUGGUCAUGCAGAGACAGACACUGCCUGAGGUCUGUGGCGUCGCACGUCUUGGGGCCAAACUUGGCUUGAGAUGCAGAGUUGAACAUGCGGCUGCUCUCUCAGCCAAGAUCCGUCCUGAACAGGUCUUUUUGCCAGCAGGUGAUCGAAUGACUUUUCUGGUGGGUCCAAUGCCUUAUGGUACUUUGCGGUCAUCCCUGACCAAGACACUGGGUGAUUUCGGAUGGACUGUCCGUCCUUUGCAGCCGGUUUCCACUGGGACACAAGUGCAGGGGCUCAUGUUUCGGGUCCAAGCCAUUGCAGAACCCCCCAAAAAGGUGCUGAGGAUGUCGCAUGGAGAUGUGGUCGUGACUCGUGAAACGGAAGUUGCCCAAGUUGCACCUGCUCUGCCGUCAGUUGUGGCUUCUCACAAUACUGUCUCCAAGGCCUCCUCUGACCAGAUGGUUGAUGAGCUGCAGAUUCAUGAUCCCUGGGCAAAGCCAGGCCCCAGGACUCAGAAGCUUGCACCGCAGACAGUGCACUUGCACAAUCCUUUGGAAGACAUGGAACAACGAGUGGUCUCAGCAGUGUUGGCGCAGCUCCCUCGUGCCAGCAUGGAUGUUGACAGUGAAGGGACUCAUGAUCCCAGGGUUGAUCACCUUGAAAAAGAGAUGCAUGAGCUGAAGCAGCAUGCCCAAUGCUUGCAGGAAUCCAUGUCCCAACAUGCGGCUGACCACAACAAGCAACUUCAUGAGGUUCGUGACCAGAUGCAGCAGCAGGGUGCCCAUUUUGAAGCAGCAAUUGCCAGCCAUGCUUCCCAACUGCAUGCUUUCCAAGAAUCGUUCCAGGAACAAUUCCGACAGCAGUCCGUGAAUCAACAAUCUAUGUUGGAUAGCAUGUUUCAUAAGCAAAUGAGUCAAUUUGAGUUGUGUGCAGCUGCCUUCUUGCACUUGGCCCGUUGGCUGGACUUGGACUUAUGCCUGGGCUUUUGGGAAAGAAUCAGGUGCUCCUUGUCCCUCAAGGAAUCAGUAUAUGGCACAGGUUCGCAUACAGGUGUCAUGCUGCUGAGCCGAUUUCCAGCGCGAGCCUUGCCCCAACAGUUUGCUGAACAUACCUACAGCACAGCCAGGUUGCAGGUUGCCGGGAUGGUGGUUGGAGACACAUGGAUUACGGUUGGGAUGAUGUACGGUGUCACUGCCAAUGCACAACACAAACAGGCCAGGUAUACCACUGAGGUCUUGUUGGCCGAAUUGGUUGAACGAGUUGGGUAUCAGAGCACAGGACCAAGGAUCAUAGGUGGUGAUUUCAAUUUUGCAGCAACCGAGCUUGACCAAACACAGCGCCUCUUGGACUUGGGCUUUAGAGAGGUGCAAACACUUGCAGCACUUUGGUGGGGGCGGUCGGUUGUUCCUACGAGUCGAGGACGGAAGUGCAUUGACCAGCUUUGGAUUUCUCCUGAGUUGCAGGCACUGCUGACUGACGUCCAAGUACAUCAUGACAUGUGGUCUGACCAUGCUGCAGUUGUGGCUUCUUUUCGUUCACCGGGGGGUGGGGUGUUUGACUACUGGCGUGUUCCUCAGCAGUAUCCUUGGCCAUCUGAUUGGACUUGUUCAGUUGAUUUUGAUGUCGAGGGUGACUUGACAGCUGAGUAUGCCAAGUUUUGGAAUCAGGUUGAAACGCAAGCGCAAUUGUGGAAUUCGCACCAUGGACUUGUGUGCAAGCGCUCUCAACUUGGCAGGGGUCAAACUUUGGAAACGGUCCCUCGAAAGCCCUAUCAGGUUGAUACUUUGAUUGACCGUCUUGAGGUGGCCAUAGAAGAGGUGCGGGUAGAGGAGAGUGCACUCGUGUUGGUGCGUGCGGUUCGGUUGUUGCCUGACCUUCCCGUUGUUGUCCAAGGGCGUGUCAUGCAGGUCAUCCAUCAUGAGGCCGAUCAGAUUUGGGUUGAAGAUGUGUCGGGGGUCGUCGCUGGCCAGUUGCUGAUCCAAGAAAAGGCUACCACAUCUGAGGCCGCUAUUAUUGCUCGGUUUCAUGAUGUUUGGGAGCCCCGCUGGAACAAAGCCCAUCAUGUUUCACCGGGGCAAUGGGAUCAAAUCUGUGGUUUUGCCGAGCGUGUGAUGAAACCACUUGAGUGGCAGUCGCAACCUUGGACUUUGCAGCGAUUUGUAACGGCUGUUUCGCGCAAGAAGAAAACGUCUGGAAGGGGUCCGGAUGGGGUUUCACAGCCUGACCUGGCUGCACUUCCUGCUACGGCAGCGGCUGCUUGUGUUUCUAUGUUUGAAGCGGUUGAGGGGGGCAAGCGUUGGCCUGAGCAACUGGCCGCGGGCUAUGUCAAUAGCCUGGCAAAACACCUUCAAGCCCAACAUGUUGAUGAGUUUCGGCCAGUUACGGUGUACAGCCUUCUUUACCGGAUUUGGUCCACAGAGAGAGCCAGGGAAGCUCUCAGAACUGUUGCAGCGGUGAUCCCAGAUAGUGUUCAGGGCGGGGUACCGGGGAGGCAAGCCAAAGCCAUCUGGUAUGAUGUGGCACAGACAUUGGAAUUUGCGUUUCUUGAUGGCUGUGCGGUGCAUGGUGUGUUGUUGGACAUUUCCAAAGCGUUCAACGCUAUCCCUAGGUAUCCCCUUUGGUUUGCACUUCGGCUCAUGGAUUUUCCUGUCGGUGUGAUGCGGGCUUGGUGUUGCUUUGUGUCGGCCCAGACACGUAGGUUCAAGGUACGGCAGGCAGUUGGCAAAGCAGUGGGCUCCAAUUGUGGACUUCCUGAGGGGUGUGGCCUCUCUGUCUUUGGUAUGAUCAUUGUUGAUUGGCUUUUGGACUUGUGGUUAGCUCAGCUGAACAAAGGGAUCAACUUGAAGGCAUUCAUCGAUGACUGGGGGCUGAGAUUCCACUCAGUUUUGGACUUCCCCUUGCUGUGGUCUAAAGUUCAGGACUUUGUGACUGCCAUGGAUUUGUCGUUGGACUUGAAGAAAUCGCGCCUCUGGAGUACAGAUGGUGCAGCCCGAGCUGACUUGCGUGAUUUUGAUGUAACACUGGCUCACUUUGCCCGCAACCUUGGGGCUCACCAGAACUUCACACGUCACUGUUGGAAUUCUGUUCUCCAAGAGCGCCUGCGCACCAUGCCUCAGGUUUGGACUUUGUUGCGUGCCAGUUUGUCUCCCUAUCACCUCAAGCUCAAAGCACUGCCAAUUUUGGGGUGGCCCCGUGCGCUUCACGGGAUUGCGGUCGUGCACCUUGGUCAGGCUCACUAUCGGGUCUUGCGGUCGGGCGCCAUGAGGGGCCUGCGUGCAGAGCGGAAGGGUGCCAACCCUGUCCUUCACUUGGCCAGUGGUCAGUUUUUGGCCGACCCAGAAGCCUGGGCGAUUUGUCAGACCUUUCGGGAUGCGCGGGAACUUGGUGGCUAUGAGCGCAUGGAGCAAAUCCUUGGGCUUUUCACUGACUCAGCAGACAUGUUGCCCAAGAAUGGGCCAACCGCGGUGUUGCUGUCCCGUAUACGUCGCCUUGGUUGGGUCGUUGGAGGUGGUGGACUUAUCCAAGAUAGUCUCGGUACUUUCUCACUGUUUGAUGCGGCGUGGGAUGAAAUUGGUGUUCGUAUGCGUUUGGCUUGGUCUCAUGUUCUUUCGGUUGAAGCCGCCCAUCGGCCUACCUUUGGUGGUUUGGACUCGGUUGAUGUUGACGUUAUUUGUUCAAAACGGCAGGGCCAAGUUCCAACCUGGCGUGCUGCUUUGGACUUGCCGGAGUGCUUCUCUGUCCAUGGUUGGGCCGUUGUCCUUGAGGAGUGGCGUGUCUUUGUCGGUCUUCUCCUUCAGGAUUCAGGGUUCUCACGGAUGUCACCUGUUGGCCUACCCAAACUUGCAACUUCCCAGUGGUGUGACUUGUUUCUUGAUGGCACGUGUGCUCACCCAAAAGAACCUAUGCUGCGUUUUGCGGCUUGGGCGGUGACUCUGGCCAGUGGUGGCCCUGGUGUGUUGGACAAUCAGCUCACUCUUGCAGGACAUGUUACUGGCCUUUGUCAAUCGGCUUUUCGUGCAGAAUUGAUGGCAGUCUAUGAAGCACUGCGAUGGGCAUCUCAGAGGUGCCUACGAGUCAGGUUGUGGAGUGACUGUCUGGGGGUGGUUCAAGGGGUUCGAAGACUGCUUUCAGGAGGAGUCGUCAAACCUAACAAAGCGCAUUCAGAUUUGUGGAGAGCCAUUGCCUCAAUUUUGCAUGAGGGGGUGAUUGAGGUGCAGAUUAUCAAAGUGGUUUCACAUUGCAGCAUUCGCUCCGCUACCAACUGUGAAGAGGAAUGGGCAUAUUGGCACAACCAACUCACUGAUCAGGCCGCUGUUGCGGUGAACACAAGGCGACCAGACGAGUUUUGGGUAGCGUGGGAUGCGCUAUCGAUUGCGCUGACCGAGCGGCGCAAGCUACACAUGGCAGUUUUGCAGAUGCUACUGAAACAGAGUCGUUUUGCUCACAGGGCCCAGCAGAAAGAAACCAAAUCAGUUGUCCCAGCAAUCAAACUGGUAUCUGGUUUGCAGUUGUUUUUGGAUUUCACAUGGAGCACGGGCUGGCAUCCCUUGAACGAGUGGUACACCUUGAAGUCCUUGGGUUCACGACAGGUGGAAAUUUCCACGAACUCGCUGGAACCCUGCUACAAGAUCAUGGGCUGA